AUACUUGUCACAGUUUGACAACAAAGACUAGUAUAGGAGAUAAACAAGUUGUCGAAGCUCCAGUAAGUAUCACUAUUCGAUGUAAAGGUAAGAGUAAUCUCAUUUCUUAUUUUCUUUACGUGUUUGAUUACAAUACUUAAUUUUAAAUAUGUUUUAUUGGUAUAUAUUUAUAUAUUGUUUCACAAGAAAGAGUCAAUUUUCCGAUUACGAUUAUCUAAAGCGUCUAUUAGCUGAAAAGAUCAUUUACAUUAGAGACCUGUGUUUAAAUAUGCACAUAGUAUGUUAUUUUGUUAUUUUUCCCUACAUAGACAUGUCGUCUGCUUCAGAUUUAAACAUGGUGCUGCUGGGUAAAACAGGUAAUGGAAAAAGUUCGACCGGAAAUACAAUUUUGCGUCGUGACGUAUUCCCCACCUCAGACAGGUCAACGUCCUUGACAAAGUUAGCAACACUGGAAUGUUCCCAGUCUGAGUUAACGAGCUCCAUCAUCCAUGUAGUAGACACCCCUGGACUCAUGGACACUGAUGACGACGAUGCAUUGUCAGUGAUCGGUCAGGGGAUGAGCUUGUGUCCUGAUGGUUUUGACGCAGUUAUUGUUGUGUUACGAUAUGGAAGCACAUUAACAAGAGAGGAAGAGGGGUGUGUAAAUAUACUGAAACAACAUUUGGGGCCCACAUUUUUACAAGACUAUGGUGUUAUUAUAAUGACGCACGGAGACAGUUUCGACUUAAAUAGAACUGCUAUCAGUUUCUCAGAUUGGUGCAGAGCAGAGAACCACAACGAUAAGUUUGGACACCUUCUGACUGAAUGUAGAGGGCGCUGUGUUCUAUUUCACAACAAAGGAAACCAGUAUGAGGAAAAGAGGGAAAGAAGCGUCGUUGCUCUGAUUGACAUUAUAAGGACUCGAAUUCGCAGACGUUACAGGUGUCAGAAUUUCGAUGCAGCCGUUGAAACAAGAAACAUAAUGCUGGAGAAAAUCAAUAUGCCCGCUUUGCAUAAGGUGGUACAAGAAAAUAUAAGCCUGAUGGAAGAGUUACUACAAAAAGAUAUGAAAUCUGAAACAUUCUCGUUCGAUAACAUGAACAAUCGUGCACAGGAACUGCAUAAAGCCAUCAAUGACCUACCGGAUUCCCCUGAGGUGAAGGUGCUGAUAGUCAAGAUUAAGCUAAUUACAGAUAAAAUUGAUUACUUAAAGAGAGAAACGGACAAACAAAAACGAAGCGAGACUCAAAAGCAAAUGAAAAAGGAUCUGAGAAUAGUAAAAAAUCCUCCCAGCAAAUCCCCUGUGAUUAUCGCCAAUGUCCAACUGAUGUUCGCAAAGGUCGCCUACCCAUUAGGAAUAACGUUUACUUUGGGAUUCGCUGCAGAUUUCCUAAGAAAUCUGGUCUUCGAAAAGAAAAUUGUGUACGAAGUGGAAGUCAAGAUGUUUGAAAAGAGAAACAAACGCUAUGCUGAAGCGAUGGAGCGAUAUUUAAAACUAGACAGUCUCAGCAGCAGCUAAAGUAUUUAACACUGGUGCAAGGGAAACCUUCAUUUCGAAAUUGUAUAGAGAUUAUUCUAUGUUUUUUAAUGAACCAAAAUACAUUUUUUUUAAAACUAUACGCUCACAAUUUUUUUUGAAGAGAUGGCACCCUGGCUAUAAGAGUGUACCACUUACAAAACCAUUAACAAUUAAAUCGUGCUAAAAGUUUAAAUAAAACAUCACAAUUUUCUGAAGAUGCAUUAUUUUUUUUAAAUAUAGGUAGGGAAGGACAUUAUCCAUUAAAAUCUAUUUAACAUUUGUUUUUGUAGAAACCUCUAAAAAAUUAAUACCACUUUGUAUAAUAUAUUAAUAUUAAAAUAAAAAUUAAUUUAAAAAAAUAGAUAUUUCCCCCACUUGUUACUCUUCUCAGUUUUUUAAACACAGAAAGAAAAAUAAGAAAGUCAAAUAUAAUUAGAUUUGGCAUAACACAUGAUUAAAUGUCAAUUUAUAUGAAUUCCUCAAAAAGAUUUGACAUGUUUUAUCAAUUUUUCUACCAACUUCACAGGAUGAUUCUUUUAUAGCGAUUAAAUAAU